UUUAGAAAUUGGGUAGUAGCAGCUUCUCCAAAACAGCUUCUACUUCUUCUAAUUUUAUUCAUUGAAUGCCCUCACUCAAUAUACGAUGCACACCACGUCGAAUUAGGGCAUGCGAGAGCUUGAGCUUCUUCUCCAGUCAACUCUUCCCUUCUCCGGCUGUUUUCUUCUCUGAUCCACAGCCCGGGUAAAUAACCAUCCAUCUUUUUUUCUCCUCGUCUAUUCUAGAGUUUGGUUUUGUUUAUUAAUUUUCUCUUAAUUCAUAUCUUUAUUCAAUUAUUAUUGGGUUUGUCCUCAUCUUUCGAAAGUCACUUCUGUGGGCUCUGGUUAAUGGUUAUGCUUCAGACAGGGGCUCUCCUCUUCACCCACCAUCUAUCUUUUUUUCUUUAACAGCCUAUUGAAAUGAGAAUUCUAAAACCACUAGCAUAUUUUAUUUGGAAUACAUUAUUUAAGUAAUUUUAAUUUUUCAUAUGCCUUUAUAUUACUAUGAACCUGUUUGGUAACACUAAAUUUGACUGUAUUGGCUGAUUCUGCUGAAAUUUAUGAAAUUCUGGCUGAAGUGGCUGUAUUGGCUGAUUCGAAAAGGAAAAUUGAAAAUAGUUGUUAUUAAUAAAUAAAAUAAAAUAAAAUACAUAUGAAAAAAUAGCUAAAAUGAUCCUCUACAGUAACUUCAGCCAAUAUACCCAAAAAAGUAACUCAAACAUUACUUAAUCUGCUUAUUACACAAUUCAGCGCGCGAAAUCAAAAGUUUCGUGUUUGGUGAAAAAGCCGCUGAUAAGCCUGAUAAGCCGAAAAAUGGGGUCACCAAACGGGCUCUAUAUUACUCCCUCCGUUCUCUAAUACUUGACCCUCUUUCCAUUUUGAGAUGUUCUCUAUUAGUUGUCUCUCUCCACUUUUGGUAAGUUUUUUCAAUAAAUAUAUCCAUUUACUCUCAUUCUCUUUCCUACUUUUUUAUUCUAUUUCAUACUUUUUCUUUACACACAACGCAUUACGCCUUUUAUCUUACUCCUAUUAAUUCAUUCUUAAAUCUUGUGUCAAAGGUUGUACUCUCAUCUAUUAAAAAACGGAGAGAGUAUAAUGAAUGCCUAUUAUAGUAUUAUAUGCCCUUUUGUUAAAUUUACACCAAAUUAGUUUUUAAAAACAAGUUAUCCAAACACUCUAAACUGAUUUUUCUAUUACAUAGAGCAGAAUAUAUACCAAAUACUCCAAACAGAAUCACUUUUUCAGACAUCAGAAAAUUUUGAUUCUGCUUCUCGCUUAGAAAAAGAAGCGAAAGAAGCAGUUCCAAACAUCCUGAUCUACUUAGGUAAAUUCCUUCAAAAUCCAUCUCAAUUGUACUCUAUAUUGAACGCGGGUACUCUUCAACUCCUGGUGCCGGCUAUGUAUAUUGUACUCCGUACUAUUGUAUCGCCAUUGGAUUUAGAGAGCUGCUGCCGUUGGUGUUAGAGAGCUACGCCGGCCCCCCUGCUGCAUCUUUUUCAACUUGUGAGGUAAAUAGUUUGGAUAUGGCUAUGGCAGCGGCCCCACCACCACCAUCCGCGCUCACAAACCACCCGAGGAUAUUGUCGCCAACCACCACUCCGAACCAACUUUCCCUUCGCAUCAUCCCUUACGCCUCGAGAGCGACGUCGUCCGGCAUAGCGCGAGCAUCAGAUCCAAAGAGAGAAGCUCCGGAUCCCAAAUCGGGUGGCCGAAACCCUUCCUUCGUCUCCCUGCAGGAGGAUUUGGGGUAUUUGGUGAAAUUGGGGGUCUGGUCGACGGCCGGAGCGGCUGCCAUCAAGUACGGAAGCAUAUUUUUCCCGGAGAUGACAAACCCCAAUUUAGCUGAGGCAAUCUCCAUCAUUACUGCUCCUGUUGUGGUUGCUCUUUUGCUACUGAUCAAGCAGAGUCCAGUCGAGUGAAGAAGAAGAUCUUAGCUAAAUUAAAUCUACCAGUAUUUUUUAUAUUUUUCUUUUAGAUGUCCUCGUUUAAUUUCGGUGGAAGAAGUAAGAGGCCGUGUUUUUUUGACGUACCAUGCUUAUCGGCUAAUUUUUUCAUCAAAGUAACUUUUAUUUUCGUGCGCUGAAUUGUGUAAUAAACAAAAAAAAAAGUAAGAUUGAAGUUACUCUUAUGACCGUAUUGCCUGAAGUUAUUGUCG